AUGUCUCGGCCAUCCUCGUCCCACGACGAUGCGCCACCCUCCGGCUCCUCUGAAAAGAGCAGUGUCAUUCUCAAGGUGGGCAUGGUCGGCGACUCGCAGAUCGGCAAGACGAGCCUCAUGGUGCGCUACGUCGAGGGCAGCUUCAACGAAGACUACAUCCAGACGCUCGGCGUCAACUUUAUGGAAAAGACCAUCAGCAUCCGCAACACGGAAAUCACCUUUAGCAUCUGGGACCUUGGCGGGCAGAGAGAGUUUGUCAACAUGCUGCCAUUGGUCUGCAACGACGCCGUGGCGAUCCUCUUCAUGUUUGACCUGACGCGCAAGUCGACGCUCAACUCGAUCAAGGAGUGGUACCGCCAGGCGCGCGGCUUCAACAAGACGGCCAUCCCCUUUCUCGUCGGCACAAAGUACGAUCACUUUGCCACGCUGCCCAAAGAGGAGCAGGAGGAGACGACCAAGCAGGCGCGCCGCUUUGCCCGCGCCAUGAAGGCGCCCCUCAUAUUUUGCUCGACGUCGCAUUCCAUCAACGUGCAGAAGAUCUUCAAGGUCCUCCUCGCAAAGGCCUUUGACCUUAAGUGCACCAUCCCCGAGAUCAAGGGCCUCGGCGAACCCAUCCUCAUCUACCUCGAGACGUGA